UUUCUGUUUUCCUCGUUCGCCCCGUUCGUCCUGUCUCUCUUUUUCUCUUCGGCCGUGUCUUUUUUCUGUCCAAGACCCAUGGCUUCGAAGCCCUAGCGAGGGCGAUUCGCGUCUAGGGUUUGAACCGAUGGCGGAGAGGACGACGAUGGAGGAUGGAGGAGAGAGGGAUCUGGAGAUGGGAACGACGAGCGUCAGCCCCGGCCGGAGCCCCAACUCGCCGCUCCCGUCGCCGUCGCCCCGGGCGGCGCACUCACCGGCGCUGGUCCUCUCCAGCUCCGCCAAGCGGAUGGACCCGGGAUCACCGUCGGCAUCCCCGAUUUUACGGACGGCGUCUGCCUGCGGGCCGGUUCUGGUGCUCUCCAAUUCCGGGAAGCAGAUGGACCAGGCGUCACCGUCGGCGUCGCCCGCCACCCCGGUUCUGGUGCUCUCCAAUUCCGGGAAGCGGAUGGACCAGGCGUCGCCGUCGCUGGUGCUCUCAAACUCGGGAAAAAAGAUGGACCAGGCCGGGAAAAAGAAGUAUGUGAAGCAGGUGACCGGGCGGCACAACGACACGGAGCUUCACUUGGCGGCGCACCGAGGAGAUCUGGCAGCAGUGAGGCGGAUCCUGGGCGAGAUCGAUGCCCAGAUGACGGGGACGGCCGUCGGGGCGGAAUUCGAUGCGGAGGUGGCGGAGAUUCGGUCAGCGGUCGUGAAUGACAUCAAUGAAGUGGACGAGACCGCUUUGUUUAUAGCAGCGGAGAAGGGGUUCCUUGACGUGGUGGUCGAGCUGCUUAAGUACACUGAUCGGGAGAGUCUUUUGAGGAAGAACAGGUCGGGUUAUGAUGCUUUCCAUAUCGCUGUGCGAGAAGGGCAUCAAGCUAUUGUCAAGGUACUUUUGGACCAUGACCCAACCCUUUGCAGAACAUUUGGUCCAUCAAAUGCAACUCCGCUUAUAUCUGCAGCAACUAGAGGUCAUACUGAAAUAGUGAAUCUGUUGCUAGCACAUGAUGCUAGCUUAAUUGAGCUGUCAAAAAACAAUGGGAAAAAUGCUCUUCACUUUUCUGCUCGGCAGGGGCAUGUCGAAAUUGUAAAAGCAUUGCUAGAAAAGGAUCCACAACUUGCCCGAAGGACUGAUAAAAAGGGGCAAACUGCUUUGCACAUGGCAGUGAAGGGAACAAGUACUGCAGUUGUUAAAGCCCUUGUGGAUGCUGAUCCAGCUAUUGUAAUGCUACCCGACAGAGCUGGGAACACAGCAUUGCAUGUUGCUACAAGAAAGAAGAGGGCAGAGAUAGUUGAUGUUCUGUUGCUCCUACCAGACACCCACGUAAAUGCACUGACGAGAGACCACAAAACAGCUUUUGACAUAGCGGAAAGUCUACCUCUCUCAGAAGAGUCUGCUGAUAUUAAGGAAUGCUUAUCUCGUUAUGGCGCAGUCAGGGCUAAUGAUCUAAACCAGCCUCGAGAUGAGCUGCGGAAGACUGUAACUGAGAUCAAGAAAGAUGUUCAUACACAGCUAGAGCAGACUAGAAAAACCAACAAGAAUGUCCAUGGAAUUGCCAAGGGGCUCAGGAAACUCCACAGGGCAGGCAUCAACAAUGCCACCAACUCGGUCACCGUGGUUGCCGUGCUCUUUGCCACGGUGGCAUUUUCUGCCAUCUUUACAGUGCCAGGUGGAAAUAAAGAUGACGGAGUGGCAGUAGCUGUUCGAUACGCGUCGUUCAAAAUAUUUUUCAUUUUCAAUGCUAUUUCCCUUUUCACAUCUUUGGCUGUGGUGGUGGUGCAGAUCACCCUUGUUAGGGGGGAAACAAAAACAGAGAGACGGGUUGUGGAGGUGAUUAACAAGUUGAUGUGGCUGGCUUCUGUGUGCACAACUGUUGCAUUUAUCGCCUCUUCUUACAUUGUGGUGGGUCGGCAUUUCCAAUGGGCAGCUAUCUUGGUUACACUAAUAGGCGGGGUGACAAUGGCUGGAGUUCUCGGGACCAUGACUUACUAUGUAGUGAAGUCCAAGCACACCCGUUCUAUCAGGAAGAGAGCGAAAUCAUCAAGGAGUGGCUCAACCUCAUGGCAUCAUAAUUCUGAUUUUUCUGAAUCUGAGGUCGAUAAAAUUUAUGCCAUUUGAAGGAAGCUUUGUGAUUCAAUCCCUUUGGCUGAUUCCUUCUCUGUCCAAGUACAAAAACCUGGUGAGGUCUGCUAUUUAAUGAUUUAUGGAAGGAAUAUAUGCUCGCACCUCCUUAUGAUUCCUUGUAUCUACUUAUGUUAAAAUGAUAUCCAUCGCAAAAUACAAAGACAUCCAUUUUAUCAGGCCAUGGAGUAAACCUGAUGAUGGGUCUUUAUAUUAGCAGUCUCACCAUGAGAUGGGAUCUGUUGGGGGCUUGAGUUGGAUUGCUGGUUUGUUCAUGUGAAGUAGUUAUUUUUCAUGCUGCAGUUGACCAGGAUAUCCAGUAUGCUUUCUUCUUGGGAUUAAUUUUACGUAGGCGAACAAUGAUCUUGCUUA